AUGCGCCACUUAAUCUCGAACGAGAACGCUUGGGGACUGACCCAGCACAUCCACUGCCAUCCCUCGGACAAUCUGUGGCCGUCGAUCAUGAACCCAGAAAACACAAACAGUAGCGCCGCGAGACCGCACCCAACAGAAAGCGCCGCCAAUUGCAAGAGCGACCUUGCCGGUCGUAACCAGCAAUUGGUGGAGCAAGGCCAAGAGCUUGUACCUUUGAGAAAGAAUGCGCAUUCCAUUGGGACGCAAUUCGUUACGUUGCUGCAACGUCAAAGCGCCACGUAUUGGCGAAGUCCGUCGUACAACACGUCUCGGUUGGUGCUGAUGGUCGUGGUGCCGCUGAUCUUUGGCUCGGUCUUUCACGGGAUGGAGCUAACCACCAGCAUGGACGUGCUGAGUCAGCUCACGUUCAUCUUUGUGGCCACAUCGUUUUUGUGCAUUUCUAUGAUGACCACGUCCCUUCCGUUCGUGUCGCAAAGCCGCAAUGUGUUUUACCGCGAAAGUCAGUCUAACAUGUACGCCCCCGCAGCCCACUCCUUGUCGCUGGCGGUGGUCGAACUCGGCUACAGCGUCGUGCUGUCGUCUGUCUUCGUCCACUCAUUUUACUGGCUGUGUGGCCUCGACGGUCACUACACCAGGGCGUGGUUGUGGUUCUGGGCGUUCAUGACCAGCAGUGUGCUGCUGUGGUCGUACAUUGGCCAGCUGCUCGUGUUUUGGCUGCCGACGCCCCAGAUGGCCGAGCUCUUGGGCGGCGGCCUCGCGUCCUUGUCGUUCAUUUUUUCGGGGUUCAUGAUCGACGUCGAGACACUGGCGGUGGUGUGGCGGUGGGUGUACUGGAUCAGCCCGGUGCACUACAUGCUGGAAGGGAUCGUCAUGGCCCAAUACCACGACCAAACUGCCCCCGUCGUCGACGUUUUGACAAAGACAAACGUGGCCAUUCGCGACUUUGUCGAGGGGUUCUUUAACCACACGUUUUCACCCGACAUGAUUGGGCGCAACAUGGUCCUGCUCUGGGUGGUCAUUGGUGUGCUAACCACCAGCAUGGACGUGCUGAGUCAGCUCACGUUCAUCUUUGUGGCCACAUCGUUUUUGUGCAUUUCUAUGAUGACCACGUCCCUUCCGUUCGUGUCGCAAAGCCGCAAUGUGUUUUACCGCGAAAGUCAGUCUAACAUGUACGCCCCCGCAGCCCACUCCUUGUCGCUGGCGGUGGUCGAACUCGGCUACAGCGUCGUGCUGUCGUCUGUCUUCGUCCACUCAUUUUACUGGCUGUGUGGCCUCGACGGUCACUACACCAGGGCGUGGUUGUGGUUCUGGGCGUUCAUGACCAGCAGUGUGCUGCUGUGGUCGUACAUUGGCCAGCUGCUCGUGUUUUGGCUGCCGACGCCCCAGAUGGCCGAGCUCUUGGGCGGCGGCCUCGCGUCCUUGUCGUUCAUUUUUUCGGGGUUCAUGAUCGACGUCGAGACACUGGCGGUGGUGUGGCGGUGGGUGUACUGGAUCAGCCCGGUGCACUACAUGCUGGAAGGGAUCGUCAUGGCCCAAUACCACGACCAAACUGCCCCCGUCGUCGACGUUUUGACAAAGACAAACGUGGCCAUUCGCGACUUUGUCGAGGGGUUCUUUAACCACACGUUUUCACCCGACAUGAUUGGGCGCAACAUGGUCCUGCUCUGGGUGGUCAUUGGUGUGGUGCAGCUCCUCCUCCUGCGUUGCAUGACUGCCAUCAACCACACCACCCGCUAA